AAUAUACAGCUUCAAACUCUACACAUCCCACCCAUACUUUACAUUUCCAUUAAUUCUUUUCUGUGACUUCGAACCUUCAAAAUCUGCUAGAUAGGUUUUUGAAUAAACAGAUACAAUGGCGGAUAGAUAUUCUUUCUCCUUGACAACCUUCUCCCCCAGGUAUGAUUGAAAUAGAGCUUCCUAGGUUUCCCAUUAUGUGAUAUACUAUACAUAUUAAAGUGCUUUGCUAACAUUUGCAGUGGGAAACUGGUUCAGAUAGGUUCGUACUAUCAAAUGAAGCUCGAUUCUGAUAUGCGCCAAACUCCAACUAUCCUUUUGAUACAUCCCACCAGCUCUAUGUACUAACCAAGUCGCAAACAGAAUAUGCGUUAAAUGCCGUCAAUCAAGGUGUUACUGCAUUGGGAAUUAAAGGUACAUAUAUACUCUUUAAAUCUGCGUAUUUGUACUAAUUUAUCGGUAGCUACCAAUGGCAUUGUCCUCGCCACGGAAAAGAAAUCCUCAUCCACACUCAUUGAUCCACCCUCUCUCUCAAAAGUCUCCCUUAUCACUCCAAACAUCGGCAUGGUCUACUCCGGCAUGGGACCUGAUUACCGCGUACUCGUCGACAAGGCCCGCAAAGUAUCCCACACUGGCUACAAGCGUAUCUACAACGAAUACCCACCUACUCGGAUAUUAGUACAAGAUGUUGCGAGGGUGAUGCAAGAAGCUACUCAGUCUGGAGGUGUACGACCAUACGGUGUUAGUUUGUUGAUUGCAGGUUGGGAUGAUGGAAUUGAGCCAGAGUCAGAAGAUGUUGCUGGUGCGGAGAUACAUCCUGAUGAGAAGAAACCAUCAGGCAAGACUGGUGGAAUUUUGAAGGGCGGGCCUAUGUUAUACCAAGUUGAUCCAAGUGGUAGCUACUUUCCAUGGAAGGCAACUGCCAUCGGAAAGAACGCUACUUCGGCGAAGACUUUCUUGGAGAAGAGAUACACGGAAGGGUUGGAGUUGGAGGAUGCCGUACACAUUGCUCUUUUGACGCUGAAGGAGACUAUUGAGGGAGAGAUGAAUGGCGAUACAGUAGAGAUCGGCAAGUUAAAACAACUCAAAUAAGUACUCUAAUUUACUAACAUAUUCCUAGGUAUUGUGGGACCACCAGCCGAUCAUUUGUUGGGCAUCGAGGGAGUCGAGGGUGCUCAAGGCCCACGUUUUAGAAAACUGAGCCCUCAAGAAAUUGAGGAUUACCUUACGAAUCUAUGAGCUGCUUUUCUUUUCUUCUGCAAUAGCAAUGAACUUUAACGUAGUCCCAAAGUCAUGAUGUAUCAUAGAAUAGCAUAAGACGGCAAAAUGAGCACAGAGAUACCAUACUGAACAUCUGUUUUUUCAAAUCCUUGCUCCCACUUUGAUGUGAAAGCAAACCGAAUAUUCCAUUCCCAACUUCAUGAAGAGCUACCAGCAUCCUCCACAAAAACAAAACUACACUUAUACCC